AUGAGGGCAUUGCUGGCACAGGGAAGGGAGCUGAAAGAACAGAAGCAGUACAAAAAGGCCCUGAAUCGCUUUACAAAAGGCAUUAAGGUCCUUGUCGAGCUGGUGCAGACCGAGGACGACGCAGAGCUGAAGCACAGGGUGAACGCCUACAUCGACGAGGCUUAUGAGUUGAAGAAGCUGGCCAACGAGAGCGGAGCUGUAGAGCCGAAAGAGCCGAAAGAGGAGAAGGAGGAGAAAGAGGAGAAGGAGGAGACGAAAGCGAAGGAGGCGAGGAGCAAGGGAAAGCCGAAGCCGAAGGCCGAGGCGCCGGAGGUGCCAGCGGUCCCGGCACCGGUGGUCACCGUCGCCGAGGAGCACCGGCAGAAGCUGCGGGAGGCCGAUGUCAUGUUCGAGGACGGCGAGCGCCACGAGGCCAAAGGAAAUCUGGCCGAGGCACAGCGGCAAUAUGUGAAAGGGAGCCAGCUGGUGAUGCAGGUUAUUACUUUGGAGCAGUACAAGGGCAACGAUCUGCGAGAAAUCCUGGCUGCAAGGACCAAGGUGACAGACUACGUGAACCGAUCGGACAAGCUGGCAGAGCGGUUGACGAGCAGGAACGAAACACCGGCAGAAAUCGAAGCGUCCCUGGACAUCGCAGUGCGCGACGCAGCGUCCGGCGCGGAGCAGCCGCCAGGCCGCGAGGUGUGGACUCUGACCGGAGUACAGCGGACAUGUCUGAGACGCCAAAACAUAUGGGACUCCUGGGACUUUGAUCGGAGUAUCAAACAGCCAGAACUGGACCAAUGGGUGACUAUUGAAGACACUAAUCUGGAGCAACAGAUCCCCGAUGCGGCGAGCCGCAUCGAGCCGCAGAGCUCUACAGAGCCCAGGUCCAGUUCUUUGCAUCCUCUUGGUGCCUGCGAGGAAGUCCGAGACCAGAAGGUCGCGGAGCCGGAGGAGAAGGUCCCCGGAGGCAAGGGGCUUGCCGCAGUGACUUUCCCGCAUUCUUCAGAGCCGUUGUGCCCUCCUGGAGCCAGGAGAGACGCCGAUCCGGUGACCGGCGAGACAGGAGGGACGAGCGCGAGGCUCGCGAGCGCGAGCGCCGGGGCCGUUCAAGGGACCGGCGGGAGGAUCGAAGGGAGGACCGAAGGGACGACCGACGUGAUGAUCGGCGGGAUGGACGAGACGACCGCGGGAGCUCUGCAGCAGGCGCAUUCGGGAGGGGGGUGA